AUGCUGGAUGGAGUUGGUGUUCAAAGGAGCGUUGAGGCCACAGCAUCCCUGGGAGGGACAGCUCUGGCAGUGUCCCACCACUCCUGGGCGUUCCCGUGCUGGGGUGCAAAGAGGGGUCGCAGUGUGUCUGUGUGUGUGUGCGGGCGGAGGGCGGGCAGUGCCGCGGCGUGCCCGCUCUUGCCGCGGCCGCCGCGGGCGGGACUCGCCGGGCGGGGGCUCGGCGGGGAAGGGGCCGGGGCGCGGCGGGAGCCCCAUUGGCUCUUCCCGGCAGCACAUGUUGCCGGCCCGGCUAUAAAGGCGGCGGCCUCGCCGCAGCCCGUCCUUCUGUCUUCACGUUUAUACAGGGACACCGUCAGCUCCGGUGCCGCCGCCAUGGCCAUCGACGCGCUCUUGGGUAAAUGGUGCCUCGUCUCCAGCGAGGGCUUCGAGGAGUACAUGAAGGAGCUGGGUGUGGGUAUGGCUAUGAGAAAAAUGGGAAGCAUGGCCAAACCAGACGUUUACAUUAUUAAGGAUGGAGACACAAUCACCAUAAAAACAGAAAGCACCUUCAAAACUUCACAGUUCAGCUUCAAGCUUGGUGAGAAAUUUGAGGAAAAUACAUUAGAUGGCAGGAAAACACAGACCCUUGUCAGCUUAAAAGAUGAUGGGUCAUUGAUUCAAGAGCAGGAAUGGGAUGGCAAGAAGACCACAAUAACGAGGAAGCUCGUGGAUGGACAGUUGGUGGUGGAAUGUGACAUGAAUGGUGUCAAGUGUGUUAGAGUCUACCAGAAAGCAUGA